AUGGAAAGCACAACCUGUAAUGGAUCAGAGGACUCUUCACCCAUUUUCUACCUGGUGGGCAUCCCUUCUCUGCCCAAGUCCCUCUUCCUCCCUGUCUUCUUGAUUUUAUUCUUAAUCUACCUGUUCAUCCUGCUGGGUAAUGCCCUGAUCCUGGUGGCUGUUGUGGCAGAGCCCAGCCUGCACAAGCCCAUGUACUUCUUCCUGAUCAAUCUCUCAGCCCUGGACAUCCUCUCCACCACAACCACUGUCCCCAAGAUGCUGUCCCUAUUCCUGCUGGGAGACUGCUUCAUCAGGUUCCCUGCCUGCUUCCUGCAGAUGUACCUGUUCCAUGGUCUCAACUGCUCUGAAGCCUUCAUCCUGGUGGUCAUGGCCUAUGACCGCUAUGUGGCUAUCUGCCGCCCACUGCACUACCCUGUCCUCAUGACCCCACAGACCAAUGCUAUGCUGGCAGCCAGUGCCUGGCUCACCGCCCUCCUCCUGCCCAUCCCAGCUGUGGUACAGACCUCCCAGAUGGCAUUUGGUCCUGUGGCCCAGGUCUACCACUGCUUCUGCGACCACCUGGCUGUGGUCCAGGCCUCCUGCUCUGACACCACCCCCCAGACCUUCAUGGGCUUCUGCAUCGCCAUGGUGGUGUCCUUCCUCCCCCUUCUCCUGGUGCUCCUCUCCUACGCCCGCAUCCUGGCCUCAGUGCUUCACAUCAGCUCCCGAGAAGGACGGUCCAAAGCCUUCUCCACGUGCAGCUCCCACCUCCUGGUGGUGGGCACCUACUACUCAUCCAUUGCCAUCGCCUAUGUGGCCUACAGGGCCGACCUGCCCCUUGACUUCCACAUCAUGGGCAAUGUGGUGUUCGCCAUUCUCACACCUGUUCUCAACCCUCUCAUCUACACACUGAGGAACAAGGAUGUCAAAGCAGCCAUCACAAAGAUCGCAUGUCCCCAAGACCCAGUGCAUUCAGGGAGCCCUUGA